UAUUUGCAGGUGCUGGUUACAUCUUAUAACGAGCUCGAGGAGAAUGAGUUUCUUGAUCCUAGAACUGCACAGGUGGCGACAGUUGAUCAUGUUAAGCAAGUUUGUACAGACGUGAGACCUGCAGCUGAUGAGGAACUUUCAUCACCAUAUAUCGAAGAAUUUCGUUGUGCCUUGGAUGCAGAACUGCUCAAAUAUGUUGCUGAAGCUUAUCCAAAAGGUAUCUGUUCUGUCUACUGUGUUAAUGGGAAGGAUGUGGAGGGACCAGGAUCUAAUUUUGAACUUGUAGUGGUCAUUUCUGCUGCUAAAAAUAGCCCACAGAAUUUCUGCAAUGGAAGUUGGCGAUCAGUGUGGAACAUAGAGUUCAAGGAAGAUGUACAAAUGCUAGAAGUAAGAGGCAAAUUACAGGUGGGUGCUCAUUAUUAUGAAGAGGGAAAUGUUCAGUUGGAUGCUAAACAUGAAUGUAAAGAUGCAACAAUCUUUCAGGCCCCUGAUGAUUGUGCUAUUUCCAUAGCUAACAUUAUUCGUCACCACGAGGCAGAGUACUUGGAAUCUCUUGAGGCAUCCUAUUCAAAUUUGCCAGAUACCACUUUCAAGGAUCUGCGGAGAAAACUUCCUGUUACUCGAACUCAAUUUCCAUGGCAUAAUACUCUACAGUUCAGCCUGACAAGAGAUAUCCAGAAGGAACUUGGAAUUGACAAGUGACGAAAUUCCAAUCCAGAAGUGUACACUGCGUUACUUGAUAUGUAAAGCCGAGAUAGUGAGAUCCCAGUAUACCAGUCCAUUUGUAUUGAGUCUAUGAUUUCUUAUGAGAGAUCUUUGAUAUUGUUCCUUAUUUUUUUCCCAUGAUUAAAGUUAUUUUGCUGUUUGGCCAUGCGAUCUCCUCUCCUCUUAAUGAGUUCCUCUCAGAUUUAGUGUGUAUUUCUGUACAAUUGAUACAAACUUUGUAUAGUACUCUUGUUAAUGAUCAUUCUUCUUUUGAUGUGCUGUGAAAA